AUGGCGGGCGAAGAUGUAGACCCCUCAACAUCCAAACUUCCAGGAUUACCGGGCUUUCAUCCAUACAACAUCCAGCCAUGGACAUUGGGGACUUUGAUCUCUGUUACUCUCCUGGCCUUCUUAUCUGUGGCUCUCCGGCUCGCGGCUCGACGUCUGACAAAACAGAGCCUGUGGUGGGAUGAUUGGAUGAUUAUAUUCUCCAUGGCCUGGUAUAUGGUUUGCAUCGGGUGUGCUUUUACUAUGAACGCCCAGGGAAUGGGCAUCCAUGCUGACUUGGUCAACCCAAGCAAAAUAGUCCUUCUGGCCAAGUGGCUGGUCGCCGCCGAAGUUUUCUACGCCUGGAACCUGGGCUGGACCAAGCUGGCUGUUCUCCUCAUGUAUUACAGAGUAUUCCGCAUCCCAUUUUUCAAACGGAUGACCUGGAUCAUCGGGUCUUUUGUCAUAGCCUGGGUUAUCUGCGUGACAUUCCUGUUCAUAUUCAUCUGUGUCCCGGUUGAAAAACUUUGGUACCCUGACCUCCCCGGGCGCUGUAUCGAUCAAGUAGGAACCUGGAUUGCCAACGCAGCGUCAACCAUUCUGACAGACUUGUUAAUCCUCUUACUACCCAUCCGGCAAAUUUGGGUGCUCCAACUCAGAAGCACAGCCAAGAUAGGCCUUACAUUGGCAUUUGGCCUUGGAUUUUUCGUCAUUUUCGCAUCUGCCUACCGCACGAGCGUUCUAUUCACGUAUAGCAAUCUUGACCCAACCUACACUCUCGCCCCUACUGUCGGAUGGACAACCAUCGAGAUGUCCGCAGGCAUCGUCUCAGCAAACCUGCCCACUCUUCUUCCCGUUAUUGUCUAUUUAGGAGGUCUAAUUGGCAUACACACCACCCGAUUUAAUAGGUCUGGUACUGGCUCUCGAUCUCACGAGCUUACUUCCUACAAGAGCGGCCGAUUCGAUGAUAGAAAUCGCGGCACUGUGAACACAGGCGAGCCGGAUAGCAGAAAUACGUUUGAUAGACUGUCAGAUGAAGCGGUCUCUCUUUCUGAGGAUUCAGUAGCAGGGCCAGCAUCUGGAGUACCACGACGAGGAGUGUCCGAUGCUGAGUAUUUGGAGAACAUACAAGGGCACCAAAACAAAACGAUAAGUUAUGCGGAAAAAGGUACAGUGAUGGAUGAACAUGCCGAUGACUUUCCACUCAAUGGAAUCCGAGUUAAAAAAGAAUUCUCCUGCGACUCUAAAUAUUAG